AUGGUUCUGCCCCACCAGGAAGGACAUUCUGGCCUUGACAGUGAAGUUGACAGAGGCAGUGCCGGGCCCCUCAGUAGAGGGCUUCUCAGCUUGGCUGCUGGGCAGAGAGUCCCCAUCACAUAUCAGAAAGUCCACCCCCAAGGCAGCUGCGAGGUCAUGACCUUUGUUUCUUUUCCUUACAGCCCCAAGAGAGUCAAGGUGUGCAGCAAAAAGACACCCGUGGAUGCCCAAGCCCUGAAAAAGAAGGUCAGCAAGGUGACCUGCGACCCAGCCGUCCGCGCCAUCCUCGGCAGUCUGCUGCUCUACAUCACCAGCCACAAAGACGGGCCCCAGCGGCCGCCACCCACUAAAAGGGAAGAGUGUGGGGACAGCCAGGCGAGCCGAAAGCCAGAGCCCCAAGAUGCCAGCCGGCGGCCCACACGUUUUCAGCUCCUGCAGGCCAAGUUCAUGGGUACUGGCCGGGAGCCCUACCUCAAGAAGACUCGGGAGGUGGGAAGGCUGAUCUUCAAGGACAAGCAAGGCCCAGGCAAGAGUGUGGUGACUGCCACCAUCAACAAGCUCCUGGAGAAGACCCAGGAAGGGACCGGCACCUCGGCACGGGGCCAGGAGCCCCUCUGUGGUGACAAACCCCGGUGGGGCCUCCCCACUGGGAAAAACACCGUGAAAAACAUUCUGAAGAAGUUCUUGGCUGCAGAGGAGAAGGAGGCUGAGGAGAAGAGGCUUCGUGAGAUGCCUCCUGCCGAGCGGUCCAAAGCCCCCAGGGGCCUACUGCCAAAGAUUGUGGGCAAGAAGGGCUCGGUCCUAUCCAAACUGCGGGAGAAGUUUGAACAGAGCAGCUGUCUUUGCUCAGAGGCCAGCGUGCUGCUGAUCCACAUGGAAGAGCGAAAGAAAAAGAACCUGCAGAGGAAGAAGAUGCACCGGCCUGAAGCCCGUGUGCUCUGCACGGCCACCAUGGCCAGCAGCUGCAUCAGGAUGCCCCUGGCCCACUUUCUGGCCUGCUCCGCGGAGCCCAUGCUGGCCUUCAGCAUCGCCACCAUCGUCUGUGGCCCCAGGAGCUGGCUGUCCCACUGCGCCAAAAUCAGACACUCGGACCUGAGGCGCAUGCCCCCAAAAGAAACAGGCAGGUCCCUCAAUGCGGAGGAGAUGGUACCCGGUGGGAACAAAACACCAGGAAAGGAGCUGCCUCAUGAGGAGCCCGCACAGCCCUUGAUACUGCAGGCCAUGCCUCCCAGCCUGAAAACAGCAUCCCUGAGUGCAGGGCCUCAGUGUACCCCUGAGCCAGCCGCCUCUCCUGCCUCCCAAAGAGGUGAAGCCCUUCCUGGCCUGGAACCCAAGUUAUCCUCACUUGGAUCAGCCAGCCCAGGGCACCCCGGGGUCUCGGGAGGUGACAGGAUGGGGGGCCCCCAGGCAGGGAACACCACAGAUGAUAACCAGGGGGUGAAGGAGGCAAUGGCAGGCCCCCAUUCUGGACCUGCAGGUGAGGGAGCAGAGGAGGCCCCUCAAGUAGACCUGAUGGUUUGCAGUUCAGAGGAUGAAAUGGAAAGGGUGAUUUCAGACUCAGAGCAAGACCUUCUCUUUGCUGUCCAGAAGAAUUUCCCAGAACCGACAGUGGCAGAACACAUCCCACCGCUCAACACGCCCACUGCCCAGGCUGCCCGGAGCACACAGUUGGCCUUCGAGCCUCCGCAGGUAACUGUCAGGCUUCCGGUUGUCCACGAACUGCCACUCCUUCCUGUCAUGCUACAAAAGACGUCAGAUAGUGAAGGCCCACAGUCUCGCGUGCUGGGAGGAGAGAGUGUGGUUGCAAACGCACGAGCACUAUUUCCCACUACAACAGAGAGUAAAAGCACCAGCGUGUCCACAAUAGGAGUGAACGAGUCUGCGGGGGCGCCCAGGGGACUCAGCACCCCUCCUCAGCCGGACUCGCAGGCAGACCUAAGUCUCACACCUCCCAGGGGUGCCGUCAGCAUCGAUCGUGACAUCCCAGAGGCAGCCCCGGCGCUGAAACCACAGGCAAGUCCCACUGGAGGAAAGGAAGACCGAGGCAGCUUUGGGAAUUCAAAGGAACUUAAGAAUCAUGAGAACAUUUCAGGAGAGGGUGUUCCUGAGCUCAGUUAUAAGAAGUAUAACCUGCCAGAAGCAGAGGAAAUGCCCAUCUGCGACAAAGGCACCUCCUCCCGUCACUCCAUGGCUUCGGAAAAUCGUCUGAGAGGGGAUGGCCACUCUGCCCCUGGCAGUCGGCAAGUGCCACCUCCCAAUGGGGGAAACUCAGCGGGCAUCCCAACACUGCUGGUGGCACCGAGCCAGGAUUGGACAAGGCCUGAGCAUGUGACUACCAUCGAGAAGAACAUCCUGAGUGAGCAAGCGGAAUGCAGGGGGCCACCACUACCUGAGUCCGCCCAGCCCCUACCUGUGGCUGAAGGGAGGGCCAGCCAUGGUCUUGGCGAGAAUAGACCAGUCUCCUUAAAUGAAAGCACAGAACCAAGAAUCAAAGCCCCCAGACGGGAAACAGCUACAGAGGUCACCAAGAGUCACCCAGCACCAGCCCCAGGUAAUGCCCUGAACCCUGAAAACAAUACUCAUGAAAAGUGGGACAUUUUGCACGAGGGAGGAUGCAGCUCCUCACCAACAGGUCGCAGUCUUAUAGCAGAGGAUCUUGGUCAUGAACCCACUGGCUACCUCUUUUUGUCACCAGAUGGGUUCUUGAAGCAUCCCAGCAGCAGAGCUACAGAGAACCACGUCUGCAAAGGCUUGGAACAGAACCUGCCUGUGACCUUGGAGUCACUGACCACUGUCCCACAGGAAGCCGCUGGUCCCCCACACAUGCCUGGUGAACCUGGAGUGGGGCUUUCAAAUAAAGUGGCAGCAAGCAAAGGGAAUGCCGUGGUAGGAAGCAGAAAUACUGUGGCUGCACAAGCAGGUCCUCAGGGGAAUAACACAAAGUCCCCAGUUCCAGCCUCAAGUCACCCCACGCUGCAGGGAAGCGGUGGAGAGGAGCUUCCAUGCCGCAACGUGGAUAAGCCACCAUCAUCCUCUGAGAAGAAACAGGCCGAGGAUGAGAAGCUUGUCACGUCUGAAAAGCUGCUUCCUGCCGGUGCCGGAGUUGCCCAUCAGUUUCCCUCGGUGCCAUUGACAGUAGAAGAAGAGCAGCAGGUAGUCAGGGCACCUCAGAAGUGUCCUGAUCUGCAGGCACCCCUGCCACCUGCAUCCUCCUGCACACAGGCAGGCAUCCUGGAGGAAACAGAGGGCAGGGAGAGGCCGUGGCCGCAGGCAGGCCUGGGGCGUGGAGAGGAGGGGGUGUCGGGCACUGUGGGGCCAAAGGGUCCUGGACAGAAGGGAGUAGCUCCUUCAGACCCAGAGGAAAUCAAGCCUGGGGAGAGGUCACGGCUGCAGGCAGUUCUGGGGGGUCGAGAGCAGGGGGUGUCAGGCACUGUGGGGCUAAAAGGUCCUGGACAGAAGGGAGUAGCUCCUUCAGACCCAGAGGAAAUCAAGCCUGGGGAGAGGUCACGGCUGCAGGCAGUUCUGGGGAAGGGAGUAGCUCCUUCAGACCCAGAGGAAAUCAAGCCUGGGGAGAGGUCGCGGCUGCAGGCAGUUCUGGGGGGUCGAGAGCAGGGGGUGUCAGGCACUGUGGGGCUAAAAGGUCCUGGACAGAAGGGAGUAGCUCCUUCAGACCCAGAGGAAAUCAAGCCUGGGGAGAGGUCACGGCUGCAGGCAGUUCUGGGGGGUGGAGAGGAGGGGGUGUCAGGCACUGUGGGGCUAAAAGGUCCUGGACAGAAGGGAGUAGCUCCUUCAGACCCAGAGGAAAUCAAGCCUGGGGAGAGGUCACGGCUGCAGGCAGUUCUGGGGGGUCGAGAGCAGGGGGUGUCAGGCACUGUGGGGCUAAAAGGUCCUGGACAGAAGGGAGUAGCUCCUUCAGACCCAGAGGAAAUCAAGCCUGGGGAGAGGUCACGGCUGCAGGCAGUUCUAGGGGGUGGAGAGGAGGGGGUGUCAGGCACCGUGGGGCCAAAGGGUCCUGGACAGAAAGAAGCACCUUCUUCAAGCCAGAAGACCUCGCUAUGUGUCUCUGAAGAGGCUCAGACACUCCACGGGAGUGACGCGGUGACCACUGAAGUGGAAACUCCCUCCCAACAUGCUGAGAAAGGCACCAAACAUCCCCCAGGGGAGUGGGUGUGGACUGCAGAGGACCCCUCAGAGCAACACGAUGUCCACACUGAAGAGAACCAAGCACCUCCCUUCCCAGAGAGGCUGGAGCACCUGGCACAGGCCCAAGCCGGAAGGAUGGCACCUCACAACUUGGUGCAGCCCACAGGCAACUCUACAGCAGUGGCAAGUGGGAAGUCCCAGAGCCCAGCCCCCAGGGGUGCCCAGGGGACACCCGGAGUGCCACAGAGGGAGGAAGAACACCAUCGUGAGGUGGCCAAGAGCCAGACAUCCUCCCGCCCUGACCAAGCACAGGGUCCUGAAGUGCUCACAGCCGAGCCUGGGAUCUGCCAGACCCCCGGUGCCCCAGCCCAGGUGGCACCCCCAGACAGCUCUGGGGAAGGGAGGAGCACACUGGAUCUCGAAUGUCAAAGAAGAUCAGCACAAUUUGCAAAGUACAAAGCCCAAAGCUUCAAAGACCAGAAGUCCUUUGAUUUGUCCUUUAGAAGGAAAAUUAUCAGGACCAAUCAAUGA